AUGGAUCUUCAUCGUAUCAGUUUGAUUUUCUUACAUAUAUGCAGUUCAUUAAGUUAUAUUCCUCAUCUAGUCAUCCAUAUCGCAAAUCUUUCAUUCAAUGCAUUUCCACGACGAUCGCAAAUUGCUUUCACAAUCUAUUGGUGUGGCUAUUGUCUUCUGAUUCUUGGUGUUUUACUUUGGUCUUGCAUUAUCCUAUGUAAGAAACGAGUUGUCUGGCAAGUUAUUCAAGUAUCUGGCCAUGUUCUGAUUGGAAAACUGCUCUAUACAAUGUUCGAUGUAAUUGUCCGCAUACUCUUACAUUAUCGCCUGAUUAUUAUUCUUUUCGACAUUAUACACGUGGUUAUUUUAAUACCGGCGAUUACCAUCACAUUUGCACUUGCUCAAGAUAUGAAAAAGAAGCAAACAGUGGUUGAAGAAAUAGUUAAUUUAUAG